AUGCCUUGCAUUGUCGGUCUCUACCAAGCAGCGCAAACAUUGCUCUCUUGGCCACUGUCGUCGCCAUUGGCCGCGGCCACAAGUCCGGGGUCGGGCCCACACUCGAUGUUCUUCGCGCUCGGGCUCGGGCUAGUGCUGCUUCUCAUUCCCGUCCUCCUCCUUGUCUCGCCAUUCCUCCUACACAGACAACCGCUGCCUAAUGACACCCCACCCACCCUGCCGGGCUUUCAAUGGACGCAUAUCAGCUCGUUCUUCCAUCGCAGACACGACUUUCUCGCCUGGGGCUUCCGCGUAACCGGUGCCAAGAUCUUCCAGUUCAAGCUCAUGGGUAACACCGUCAUUGUGCUCUCGGGCCCGGUGGCCCGGCGCGCCUUCUUUUACCAGAAAGGCUUCGACCUGACAGAGGGCUUCAAGAUGCUUUCUGGCGCGGUAUUACUCUUUUGUUCCAACGCUGAUGGUGUUGUACUGAACCCAGCGCAGAUUCCAAUGGUGCGCGGUGUCACUUCUGGCAUCCACACGAAGCGCAUUGCGACUAUCCACAAACGGCUGGCGAGUGUGCAGCGCAACGCGUCGUUGACGGAACUGAUACCUCACAUUCUCGAGGACGCCCAGCGCGUGCUGGAGGGGUUUAGUGACACGGGGAGUUUCGAUCCGUUCGACAAAAUCUACUCUCUCAUUUUCCAGACCACCGUGCGGAGCCUUUCGUGCCAUGAAAUUGCCGACGAUAUGGCGCUGGUUGCGCAGCUCAAGUCGCUGUACAGCCAGCUUGACACCGCCACCACCCCUGCAAGCGUAUUGCUCCCGUGGCUCCCCUCACCCGCGAUGCUCAAGAAACUGUGGGCCACGAAGCAGAUCUACGAUAUCAUCGUCCACGCGAUCGAGCAGCGAGAAAGAAAUGGGUCAGAGCGGAACGACACGCUGCAGAUGCUGCUCGAGGCGGGCGACGACAAGCUCACGGUUGUCGGCUUCGUGAUGGGCCUGCUUAUCGCUGGCGCGCGCGCGACAGGGACCACCGCGUCGUGGGUCGUCACGUUCCUGGGCGGUCACGUGGACUGGCGCGACAAGGCGCGGGCAGAGGUCGAGGGGCUCUUGGCUGUUCAUUCCUCUUCUUCUUCCCGAAAUCUGGCUGCCCGACUGGCCGAGAUCCCCCUCACCAGCUGGGAGUCCGAGAUGCCCGUGCUGGACGCGGUUAUCCGAGAAACUCUACGUGUUGCCCAACCACACAUCGCGAUGCGGCGGAAUAUCGGGCCGGACACGUAUAUCGACCAGACGCGCAUCCCAACGGGGGCGUACGUUGUCUACCCCUUCAGCGACAUACAUCUGGAUGCCCAACUUUAUCCUAACCCUUGGCGCUUUGACCCCGCGCGGACACAGCCACAGACAUCCUCAGACUGGGCUUAUGUCGGCUGGGGCGUAGGCAAAACGACGUGUCUCGGCACGCGGCUCGCCAAGCUGGAGCUCAAGCUGGUCCUUGCGCUCUUCCUCGUUGCCUUUGACCACGAGGUGGAAGGGCCGAUGCCGAGUCCCAACUGGAACGACAGCCUGAUGUGUCGUCCAGCCGAGUGUGUCGUGCGGUAUACGAAGCGGGGCAACUGA